AUGAGUGAACAACAAGUCGUUGCGAUUGCAAGAGUUCUUGCAGCAUCAAAAGAAAAGCGAGUGGGAGUCGUGGAUGUCCUUGUAAAGGAAACAACGUCGAGUGCACGGCAGAGUGUCAAUGUGGAUACGCCACAAAACACAGAGAGAGAGCGCGAUAACCGCGACAAGCGAAGUAGAACACGUGGCCAAGCACAAGGCUUUAGACUGAGCAGUGCUAACUCACAACUAUUGCAAUCUGAGGAUGCUUUGAGGGAAAAAGAACAUAAGGAUGUGAAGGAUUUUAUUGGAACGUUGGAUGAAGAACUGGUGCGAAAACUUGCGAUUAGAAGCUUGAGAAGAGGCAUUGGUAGCAUGGACUACAUUGACACCCUGCUGAUAAUGGAAGAUGACCUAGAUGAAGACCCAGAAGAUGAUCAACUUGGUGAUUUUGGAGAGCAAUCAAGCGAUGUUGGACAACAAGACUUGGACCAACCUGAAGAGCCCCCAAAUGCUGCUGCACCGGAUUGGUGUGUUUGUGGCAAAUGUAGACCAAUGCCCCAGGAAAUUGAAAACAAGUGUUGCAAGUAA